AUGCGUCGAGACGGCCAAAAGUACGUUGGAGCGGAGGACGAGAUCUGGGAUGAAGACAGCUAUUUCACCUACCGUCCGCUCUCCAACCUGCCCACCCCGCCCCCAAGCUCACGAAACUCAUCUGCUGCUCAGUCUCCCAAAACCACGCUGGACGAUGGGGAGGAACUGCAGGCCAAGUAUAAGGGCCCGGCCGUCCAUCUCGUGAACUUAAUCCCUUCCACCGCCUCGCUGGCCAACGCUUCGAUUCCUCUGGUGCAGGCCAUGCUCACCCGAGCCGACUUGCCGCUCGAAACCGUGGCGCUCGCCGUCUGCAUUCUGGACAGCCUCGACGCUCGCUUCGCCCGCACCUGGCGCCUGUCCUGCCCACUCCUCUCUGGCUACAUUGCGCCGAGGUCCAAGCGACACACACUGCCAUCGUCGCCAUUCGUCCACAGCCAGUUCCCCAACCAGCUGCACAUUGACUCUGUCAAUCCCGAGCUCAUUGUUCUCUCGGCGCUCGUCAUCGCCUCCAAGUUCACUCAGGAUCACCAGGACUCCUCCCACCACUACUGCAACGUUUGGGGUCGUGGAAUGUGGUCCGCCGAACAGCUCAAUGUGACGGAGCGCUGCAUUAUGGAGCGCCUGGAGUACAGAAUCAUGCCACUAUGCGAGGAGUCGUGUAUCACAGAUGCGAUGGUGGAUAUGCAGCUUGCUGGGCGGCAUCAUGAUUGGCAUUCCCGGCAACCCACCCCCCCCGAGAGCUCAACCCCCCACAGUGUGGAGGGUGACUUUGUCCCGUCUCACAGCCGUUCUAAGACAAUGGCUACGACAGUCGGCCUCGGGAUGUUAUCCAUGGGCCUCAAGGGCUCUUCCGUGGCUGCGACUGGUUCAUCAGCUUCAUGA